UUGACCAGUCGACAAGACAUUAUGGAUAUUGAGGCUCAAAUACGUGAUAUCAUAUCUGAGAGAGAACCUUAUCUAUACGAAGUCCUUCACGAAAAUCGAGAUGUUCGGACGUGGAGAGGACCGUUAUUAGAAGAUAAAUUAUGGAAACCACAAGAUGAUACAGUUAGUCUUGAUACACCUAGAUCAUCACGAUUACCCAAAAAUAUCACAGAUCACGGAUCAAUAUACACAAUAGAUAAGACGUCACUGAAUCUUCUAGAUGACGAGAUGAAAAGAAAGCGCAAAAACCCAAAACGAUUCCUGCCAUCAAAUAUGGAACAGAAAAAGGAAAGAGAAUACAUUCAGAAGUAUAUGAAGAGUGUUCCUUCACCAUAUAAUAUAUCCGAGAAAAUCAUGCAUCAUUUCUAUCAAGCUCCGAAAGUUCCCUUUUUAGGAUAUGGAAUGCCUCGCCCAGAAACAAAAGCCGAAUCCGUAAUGAACUGUAGAGUAGCAGCAAAGCCUCCUGGUAUUGUAGUUGUAUCUAAUCAUAAGUCAUUACGCGGAGUUCGAUUUUGUCAAAACCAUCAAGGUACCAACGGGGAAUAUUGCGAUAUACUUGGUCCUGGAUCGUGCUCAGCAUGUAUUGAAGAAACCAACAGAUUCAUUGCCGAAGAGAUUCAACAUCACCUCUAUCCAAGGAUUGACCUCAGCCAAAACUGUCUGGUUCUUCCCAAAUUGUCAAAAACUAUGCGCCAAGGACAUAUGAAACAGGUCAGAAAGCAUAGACUAUCAGAACUAUGCAUCGCUGAUGAAGUUUUGGAUGAAAUGCCGAAAAGAGAACAGAAACCACUGUCACAGAGUGUCUUACAUACUACUACAUCUCAAAAUCCUUUACUACCCUUCAUUGAUAGAAAUGACAGUCCGAAUACCUCAAGAUCUAUCAAGACACAGUGAUAUUUUAGAAAGAGAUGCUGAUGACUCUUAUUGAUAAUAUUAUGGGCCAAAAUCGAUGACAUUACCCUCUUGUAUCUUAUGUAAAAGCACUUCUUACUGUU